AUGAGUGAUACUUUGCUCAGCACUGAACAGUCGACUAAGGUGUCGGUGACGUAUCGUCGUGGUCUGCCAGUCAUUACUGUGCCUCUGCCGUCGCGUCGUGAGAAAUGCCGCUUCACGUUGCGGCCGGUGUCACAAACCGUUGGAGAUUUAUUGGAACAGUUAAAGGCAGAAGAUCGCGGUGUCGAGCGGGCUGUAGCGAUAGCAGCUGACGAACGUGUGCGCAUCGCAUCAAGCGACACGGUUGAGGCUCUAUUGGAGAACGACUUUAGAAUAGUCAUCAAUGAUACCGAGUAUUAUGUCAAGAGUCCACCUCAGGAACGUCUUAGUGCUGAGGAGAUAACACGUUUAAGUGACGUCAGGAAUCUCGUUAACCAAUUAUAUGAAGCACUAAACGUUCGUGAGCACCAGAUUAAGAAAGAGAGAGAGUUGAGAUCGCAACUUGAGAAGCUGUCCAUGGAAUUGCAGCCGUUAGAAGAGAAACGGAUGUCCCUAGAAGUAGAGACGACACGAAAGACUUCCUUACUAACAUGGGUGGGCCUAGGUCUUAUGGGAGUUCAGUUUGGAGUCCUAGCCCGAUUGACCUGGUGGGAAUACUCUUGGGACAUCAUGGAACCUGUGACCUACUUCGUAACUUAUGGCACUGCAAUGGCUGCCUAUGCAUACUUCGUGCUAACUAAACAGGAAUAUGUCUUGCCAGAUGUAAAAGACAGACAGCACCUCAUUACUCUGCACAAGAAGGCGAAAAAGAUUGGCCUCGAUAUUAACCAAUAUAAUCAUCUCAAGGAUGAGAUUGACAAACUCCAAAAGGACCUAGCCAAGCUACGUGACCCCUUAAACAUCCACUUACCGGAACACUUAAAAGUGGAGGGAGCCAAACGAUCGCCUCUCACAAAAAUCAAAGACAUGAUAGAGGAGACCUCAAAGAAAAUCAAAAUGACGUAA